AAAAGAAACUUAGCUGGGAGAGGUGUGGUGUGUGUGCGUGUGAAAACGAGAGACUAAAAAAAAAAAAAAAACCCCAGAUCAUAUCAUAUACACAGUCUACUAGGCUACAUGCUGUCACGCCCGAAUAGUUCAUUGGAAGGUUACGUAUAUAUAUACAACGUAUUUCUCAUUUCCAUAAAGUUGUUUUCCUGGUUGUUAUCAAGAAAAGACUGUUCGAAUUUGCCAAACGUAACCCUGUGACUGCAACAGAGAGGAAGUUGGACUUUCCUGUUUGCUGCCUACGGAACUCAGCCGAGCAUGUCCGGACCAGGUUACCCCUCUCCUAACCAAACACCAUACCCCAUGCCUCAGCCAGGGGGUUACUCCAUGCCCCCAUACCCAAUGCCACAUGGGGGUUAUGGUGACCCCAAUCAGGCUCCGCCCCCUGUUGGCUUCCAUAUGGGAUAUCAGCCUUCCCCAGAUCAGCCUGUAAUGUACCAACCCGGCCCAGUUAGCCCUGUCCCCCAGCAAGCUCCCAUGCACGAAUAUGGGGCGGGUAACGUGGGUGCCCCUGCAGCUAUCUCUCCAGCUCCACCCGUGUCUGUUCCUGUAGGGGUUCCACCUGGGUUGGAGUACCUCACACAGAUUGAUCAGAUCUUGAUACACCAGAAAGUAGAGUUGCUGGAAGCCUUCAUUGGUUUUGAGACCAACAAUCAGUAUGAGAUCAAGAACAGCCUUGGCCAGAAGAUCUACAAGGCCAAGGAGAAAAAUGACUGCUGCACCCGCAACUGCUGUGGCUCGCUCCGCAGCUUUGACAUGAAGAUCAAGGACAACAUGGACAGGGAGGUCAUCCGCCUGGUGCGGCCCUUCCGCUGCGCCACAUGCUGGUGCCCCUGCUGCCUGCAAGAGAUGGAAGUACAAGCACCACCUGGUACCACAGUGGGCUAUGUGGUUCAGGACUGGCACCCCUGUCUCCCAAAAUUCUCCAUCAAGGGUGCGUCACGAGAGACCCUUAUGAAGCUGGAGGGGCCUUGCUUUGCAUGUAACUGCUGCGGAGAUGUCCACUUUGAGCUGAAAGGCAAGGAUGGGGGGAAAUCUAUUGGCCGUAUCAGUAAGCAAUGGAGUGGGCUGCUGAAGGAGGUCUUCACUGACACUGACAACUUCGGAAUCCAGUUCCCAUUAGACUUGGAUGUGAAGAUGAAAGCCGUUCUCAUGGGUGCCUGCUUUCUCAUUGACUUUAUGUUCUUUGAGAAGGUUGGGGACGCAAACCAGCGCAACACAGUCUUCUCAUGAGAAGAGGAAGAGUGUGAGAAGGAGAGGGGGAAAGUGAGGGAAGGGAGAGAGAUGCACUGUCACUCAUGUUCAACAGCCUCUGUUGCUUUUACUGCCAUUUGCUUUUUUUGUGCUGAUCUGAGAGACACUAUCCUUUUCCUGAUGCAUAUAGAAAAUUGUCCAAUCGCCAUGGAAAGUCUUUCCUUUCCCGAGUCACUGUGGACAUCAGAGGCCGUUUGUGACUGCAGCUAAGCCCAGAUCAUUGGAAACUGCCUGAAACCACAAACGUGCAUCUCAGAGCCUGUCUGUGUUUAUUAAUGUUUUUGUCCAUUGACGUGUGUACAGGUAGUUUAACUAUGGAAUAUUGCCAGUUAUCCAGCAUGCUACUUAGCCUAAUAUUUCCUGAUAUAAAUAUUAUAACCUGUGAUAUUACAGCAUACACCAGGUUUCAAUAAGCCAAGGAUAAAUAUGUUUAUUCAGUUUUAACUGCUAAAUCAAUAUGCUCUUUUCACUACAGCUUUUUCUAGCACACUGACUUGCCUUAAUAAUUUUAGAUAAUAUAUAUACAUUGGUGGUGUCAUGCAAAAAACAUAUAUAUGUCCAUUGUACUUUUGAAAGCUCUCAUCCAGCUUUACAUACUGUCAGAAGGAUCAUUAACUCUUAAACAACUAAUAAAGUUGGUUCAAAACACAGCUUGAUUACACCAUCAUGUAAUGUUGGAAAAUAUAUAAGUUUGAUUCAUUUUUUAAGUUACUAUUACUUGGUAAUUUGUUAAAUUAGCAAUCAAUGCUGGGAAAUUUUGAUAUCCCUUAAAAUUCCUUUUUUCCCUCCGAGUUGCAAGGUUUUGUGACACUGACAUUUGUUUUUUGCAUUGUUUCUGCAAUACAAAACAAAUUUUAAGCACGUACAUCCUGUCCCUUUAAAUUCUUCUGUUAUUGUCCUUGCAUUUAAUUGUAUAAUUUAAUUGUACAAUAAUUACAUAUAUAUUUUUUUUUUACUUGUGUAAUACAGGUAUGAUGAUGCAUAGUGAUACUAUGUAUAAUAUCUAUUGUGUUUAUUGUCAAACAAGUGGCAGUGCAAUGAUGUCAAUGAAAUGACUUAAUUCACAUCUGGGGAAUUCUGGGUAGAGCAGGUAUGAGUAGAAAAGGUCAGUGUUGUUCAUAAGGUGAAACGGGAUCUGGAUAUAAAAAUAAUGUCGUUAAAUCCAUUCUCAUUGUAAGAUCCUUAAAAAUGGUGGCAUGUGUUUUUACUUGUGUCUGUUUAAUGGAUAUUUGAGCUAUGGGAGUGUCCAGCUGACUCCGUUUGUCCUUUCCCAAUGGGUGUGCCAGGCCCCUGAUACUACCCCUGGAAUAAUACAAAAACAAACACAGAGGAAAGAACUGCUGUGCUGACCUCAUCCAUAGUCUGGAAAAUGCCAUAUAAAAUUCAGCUCAGGCAGAUCUGCUUCCCUUCUCUAAUGAAGGUAGAGUAGGGUUCUGUGACACAGAAAUGCAUUCGCUUGCCACUGACACACCCAAAGCUACAUUGAUAAAGAAAUUAUUUUGUUAUAAAACCACUGUCUUGCUCUCCAUCGGCUUUAAGCCUUAUCUUGUAGUGAGGUGAAGAAAUGAAAGUUCUUCAGCACCUGCAGCUCAAACUUCACCUUAAACCAAUGCUGUUGAAUCAUUGCUAAAUUGUUGUUCUAUAGAGUGUACUUACUUUUCAUGUCACCUGACUUGCUCUGCACCAAAUGACCCAUAGUUUGUGCUGGUUUUGUGUAAUUGAUAUCAGAACCAAAAACAAACUUUAGUAAGGUGAUUUAGCACUUUUCAUUUUUUGCCAUGUUAUUUGAUAUUAUUUUUUCUUAUUUCCUUGAAAUAUUGUUUUUACACAAAUAAAAGAAACUGUAAAA